ACACAAGUCUCUAGAAGAUACGAACUCUUUUGUCUUUUUUUUUCUCCUCCUCCUUGGUUUGUCACCGAAACAGCUGAAACUCUAUCCAGAAGAAUCCUUAGGGUUUGCUUCUCUCACUUUGCGUUUAUCUGCUCCGAUUUGAUUCUACGGUGGACUUGUUUAUAUAUCUUGUUAUAAGCUGUUAAAUUGAAUGUUGUAAGCAGCUGUGGUUUUAAUCAUGUCCGGUGAUAUGAGAGCUGAGCAUAUCUCUACUACCCACAUGGAGGAGGAGACUCUAAAAGCGGAUCCAGAUACUUGUAAAGAAUCUAACUUGAUGGAGAUAGGUUCCAGCGAUGCUCCUGUUCAGGAUAUGUCAGUUUCAGACAUUAAUCACGAAGAGCUGCCUAUCGCUUCCACGUGCGGCAAUGUGGACUUUCCGAAAGUGGAAACGUCUGUCUCUACUCCUAUGGCAUCCACGUUUGGGCCAGAGGGCGUCUCUGUUCAACCCACUGUUUUGGCUGAUUCUCAGUCGAAAGUGGAAACGUCUGUCUCUGGUCCUGUUCCAUUCACAUCUGAGCCAGAGGGCAUCUCUGUCCAACCCUCUGUCUUGGCUGUCUCUGGUCCUGUUUCAUUCACAUCUGAGCCAGAGGGCAUGUUUGUUCAACCCUCUGUUUUGGCUGAUUCUCAGUCGAAAGUGGAAUCAUCUGUCUCUGGUCCUGUUUCGUUCACAUCUGAGCCAGAGGGAGACUCUUCUCAACCCACUGUUUUGGCUGAUGCUCAGUCAUUGCUGACUCAGUUCCAACCUCUUGUUCCGCGUGGACAGAGAUCAUUAGCUCCUAGUCGCAGUCCAAGGUCAACAGGGAAGCGGAAGUUUCCAGCAGAGUCUACUCUUGGUGGUGGUUCUGCAGCAUCCGAGAAACCAAACAAGCGAGUAGAAUCAGUCCAUCACAGACCAUGGCUAGAACAGUUUUAUUCAAAGCCGCCUCAUAUGCCAUCAUCCACUACCCUGUCUCCCAAGACAGAACUUCCACCAGUGCCUGCCAAGAAAGUGAAGCAAACGGAACCAGCUUCCCAUAGGAAGCAAGUGAUGAUGAACAAGAAGCAAACAGGGUCAACAAAAACACAUAACGAAGGAAACGAGUCCUUGAGAUUGAAAAUGAAGGAUUCAUUAGCAGCUGCCUUGGCUUUGGUUCAUGAGCAUGAUGAUUCUCCAAAACAGAAAAAGACUUCAGAAACUGAUGAAACAAGUGCUCCAGUAGCUGAAAGUAAUGAGCCUACCUCAGCUUGUGAUGUCAGUGUUCCAGUAGAUGAAGGCAUCAUUAAGGAGCCAUUGUCCACAAGGGAUGAAAGUUCUGAGGUGAAGGAUGUCAACGGAGGAAUAUUCCCGCAGCAGACUUCCAAUGACACAGAGAUGAAUUAUGUUAAUCAAUCUGAUGUACAGAGAUCUCAAUACGAUGAUGUUUUCCCCUGUGAUGAUGGUCCUUUUAGCAGUAGUUUUUUCUCCAGCGAUGAACUUCUACAGGGUAAUGGUCUCUCAUGGGUUUUGGAACCUGUCUCAGAUCCUGAGGAGAGAAAGGAGAACGAAGAAAAACCGUUUGAGGAUCCAAACCUCUUGGCAUCUGAAAUCGAGUUGGAGCUGUUUAAACUAUUCGGAGGUGUAAACAAGAAGUACAAAGAGAAGGGGAGGUCUCUCUUGUUCAAUCUGAAAGAUAAGAACAAUCCGGAGCUAAGGGAAAGUGUCAUGUCCGGUAAGAUCUCUCCGGAGAGGUUGUGCUCCAUGACCGCAGAGGAACUUGCUUCUAAGGAGCUCUCUCAGUGGCGGCAAGCGAAAGCAGAAGAGAUGGCUGAGAUGGUUGUCCUGAGGGAUGCAGACAUUGAUGUCAGUCGUCUGGUGAGGAAAACGCAUAAAGGUGAGUUCCAGGUAGAAGUUGAUCCUGUUGAGAGUGAGAUGGUGGAUGUCUCUGCUGGGAUCACCUCACGUGGUAGACCUCGUCAAGCCAAAGCCAAGCCCAAAUCCACUGAGCUAAACGAUCAGGACGCAAGUGCUGACCAGGGAGCUAUGACUCUACCUUCAACGGAGGAGACUGAUCCAAUGCAAGGCUUGUCGAUGGAUGAUGAGAUGAAGGAUGUGGGUUUCCUUCCUCCAAUUGUAUCGCUUGACGAGUUCAUGGAGUCUCUGAACACAGAACCUCCAUUUGGAAGCCCACAACAUGGGAAUGCUCCUGUAAAGGAAGAAGUGGCUGCAGCUGAGAAGAGUGACUCAGGAGCUGUGUCAGAUUUAAAAUCUCCUAAGCAGUCUCCAAAGGAAGCUUGUGGGAGUGUUUCUCCUAAAACAGAACUUGAAAAGGCUACUGUAACUUCUCCAAAACCGAAUGCGGGUGUUGUUGAUGUCUCUAAGCCAGAAGAAGCACCUUUGGUUGCUAGCACUAAAGAAGAACAUAUAUGGGAGGGUAUACUGCAGCUUAGUGCCUCUUCUGUUGUCUCAGUUACAGGAAUUUUCAAGAGUGGUGAGAAAGCAAAGACAAGCGAGUGGCCAACGAUGGUGGAGGUAAAGGGUAGAGUGAGACUCAGUGCGUUUGGGAAGUUUGUACAAGAGCUUCCAUUGUCUAGAAGCCGUGUCUUAAUGGUGAUAAACGUGGUUUGUAAAGAUGGAAUCUCUCAGAGCCAACGUGACAGCCUUUUUGAGGUCGCCAAGUCGUACGUAGCUGACCAGAGAGUUGGUUACGCAGAGCCUACUUCAGGCGUGGAGCUUUACCUCUGCCCUUCACGUGGCGAAACUCUAGACUUACUGAGCAAAGUCAUCUCCAAGGACCAUCUCGAUGAGGCCAAGUGUUCAGACAACAUCGGUUUGAUCGGUCUUGUUGUCUGGAGGCGUGCAGUCUCGUCUCCUGCCUCGCGUCAUAAGCCCGGAUUCAAACGUCAGCACUCUUCUUUGAAGAAUCAGCCUCCUGUUGUUGCUAGCACCAAGAGCUCUGUGUUGGCUCCAGAAAACAAAAAGUCUAGUACUAGUCUGAAUGUAAAGAAUCAUCACCAGCCUCCUGUUGUUGCUGUUACUACGUCCUUGGGGAAUCAUGGUUGUCAAGAUGAUGAUGACGAUGAUGAAGAUUUGCCACCGGGAUUUGGCCCAGCAGCUGUUAAAGACGACGAUGAUGACUUACCAGAGUUUAACUUCAAUCCCUCCGCUGCACCACCGGUUACUUCUUCUCCCCGGCAAGCAGCGCCUCAGUCUCGGUCUUUGAAUCAAGUAAGGGAGCUCAUACUCAAGUAUGGAAACUCAGCAGGAAAUGCCAGUAAACAACCGUGGAAUGAUGAUGACGAUGACGAUAUACCUGAGUGGCAACCACAAGUCUCAAGACACCAGAUUCAACCUCCACCCCCUCCUCCUCCAUUUCAGAGCAGAGCCAUGGCCAGACAACCCGCACAAGGACCAUCAGAUGGAUGGAGGGCCAAUCAAAACGCAUCUAGGCAACAACAACAGUACAGUCCACGUAGGAACAGAGGAUUUUGAUUUGAGUGAAUGCGUUUGUUCCUCUCUGUAAUAAUAGUUUGUGUUUUUUGUUUAGGCCAUGUAUUGACUUAUCUGUCAUAAUAGUUUCUUGUAGCUUUGUAAUAGAAUAACAAUAAUAUAGUCUUUUAUUAAUAACUUAUGAAACAAUCAAA